AUUCGUUGAUAAAAUUCGGUGUGAAGAGAAGGAGAAAUUUUCGCGAUUGAUGAUGUCGAUUGGAAUUGUAGUUCAGGUGAUGUUGAUUGCGAGUUUGUUCGAAUUUAUCCUGUCCAUCGAACCAAAUAUCGAGAAUGUUCGUGUCCUGUACGCGAAUGUGACUGGUGAUUUGGUGCUUGGUGGUCUGUUUCCUGUUCACCGAAAGGGUAUUAAUGGCGAGAACUGUGGUGCGAUUCAGAUGGAAGAUGGUAUUCAACCACUAGAAGCAAUGCUCUAUACGAUCGAGCGAAUCAAUAAGAAUCCAGAAAUACUUCCCGGUAUACAACUUGGCGCGGUGGCAUUCGAUACCUGUGACAAUCCUACUUAUGCUCUAGAUCGUGUAUUCUACUUCAUUAAGGGUUUGAUAACGCGCAGUGAUCGAUUCGGAUCCGAAGGUUACCGAUGCGAAGACCGAAGUGUGCCGAAAUUCUUGAACAGUGAUUUCGAUCACGUAGUUGCAAUACUUGGAGCUGAAUCGAGUUCGGUUACCAUUCAAGUCGCAUCAGUGCUAGCUUUGUUUCCGAUACCACAGAUUUCAUACAUGGCUACAUCGCCUUUUCUCAGCAGCAAGGAGAAAUUUCCAAGGUUUUUUCGCACAGUUCCUAGUGAUGUGAAUCAAGCGCGAGCAAUGCUUGAGGUUCUACGCCAAUUCCAAUGGACAUACGUAUCGGUCGUUUACACGGAUUCGGAAUAUGGGGACCACGGAUAUGAGAUGUUGGUAUCAUUGGCAGCCGAUUAUUCGAUAUGCUUUAGCUCACCACAUCGAAUUAGUAAAGAUCGUUUCAAGGAUGAUGACUAUGACUUUGUGGUUCGUACAAUUGCCGAAAAAACGGAUGUUAAAGUGGUGGUACUGUUUGCGGAAAAAGCAACAACAUUGCGAGUUUUGGAGGCAGCGAGGCGCGUUGAUGUUGGCUCUCGAUUCGUUUGGUUGUGCAGUGAUGCAUGGCCGGAUCACAACGACAUAAAUUGCCAGCAAACGACCGUGUUGGAAGGUGCUCUCGCUGUUCAACCACUUUAUGCGCCCUUAUCGGGCUUUGACGAGUACUUCACGGGAUUGACUCUUGAUCAUGAACAAAAAAAUCCUUGGUUUCCCGAGUUUUGGCAAACCUAUCAUAACUGCGUCUAUGUGGAAGAGGCGAAAUACUUUUCUUCUAAGAAGUCAGGACUUAUCAAUUGUCGAGAUCCGAAAUUGAAGAUCAAACGGAGCAAUGGCUACAAACAACGAAGAUUCCUACACUUUGUUCGAGAUGCAGUGUACGCAGUUGCUUACGCGCUUCACGAUAUGCAAAAGAAUGUAUGUGGUGAAAACUGGAGAGGCCUCUGUGACAAGAUGCGGCCCCCGGACGAGGAUAUCUUCUUUCAAUAUUUGACCGAGGUGUCUUUCAAAGACGAAGCCGGGAAUGGAUUCGGAUUCGUGGACGCGGUUGACGGACCACCAAGAUAUUCCAUUUUGAAUUAUCAACGAAAAGUGAACGGUUCGUACCAUUGGACAGUGGUCGGGAACUACACAUUGAAUGAACGAGAACAACCGAUAUUACAACUGGAUCGAGACAAAUUGCGAUUUCGUGGCGAACAAGCGACCGAGUUCCCCACUUCUUCAUGUUCUCAUCCAUGCGGUUCGAAUCGUAUCAUGGUUCGAAGGAAGGAGGAUCCUUGCUGUUGGACAUGUCAGAGUUGCGGCCUCUAUCGGUAUAAAGUGGACGAGCAGAGAUGCGAGGACUGCAUACUGGGUACGAUACCGACCGAGAAUGGAACUGGAUGUGAUCCUAUUCCCGAAGAGUUCGUCGAAUAUUCGAAUCCCUGGGCGAUUGUUGCGAUAACAAUAGCCGUUUGCGGUAUAGGUCUGACCAUGUUUGUUUGUUCGGUGUUUUGGAUCUACCGCGAGACUCCGAUGAUCAAAGCGUCUGGCAGAGAAUUAUCCUUCUUGCUGUUGCUCGGCGCGUUUGGAUGCUUCUCAAUGACGUUCGCCGUCGUCGCUAAGCCUAGUGUCGAGACUUGCGCUAUAGUUCGUUUUGGAAUUGGAUUUUGCUACACAGUUUGUUACGCUGCACUCACGACUAAGAUCAACAGAAUUCAUAGGAUAUUCAACGAUCCUGGACGAAGUCCACACAAACGACGCUUUACUAGCCCACGAUCUCAAUUAACGAUCGCAUCGAUGCUAAUUCUGAUCGAAAUCGUGUUCGAUGUGAGUUGGUUAUUGAAGGAACAACCAGCUGUAGAACACUCGUAUUCUAGAAGAUCUGCGAAUGUCAGAAUUUGUCGAGGUUCUGAGAACGGUUCUUACGUGAUUGGUUUAUUCUAUCCAUUCUUGUUGACCGUUGCGUCCACAUUCUAUGCAAUCAAAACAAGAAAAUGUCCGGAAGGCUUCAAUGAGACUCGAUGUAUCGCAUUCGCAAAUUAUGCAACAAUCAUAUUAUGGUUGGCAUUUGUGCCUUUAUAUCUAGCAUCGACUAGGAAUGUCAUUAAAGUAAUCACAUUGGCUCUUUCACUGUCAUUGAACGGAUUGGUGCAAUUGAUUUGCUUGUUUCUCCCAAAAGUCUACGUGGUGUUGAUCAAGCCUGAAAAAAACACAAGGGAAUUAGUGAUGGCCAGACAUGCUGGUUCGUCUUAUCCAACAACACCUUGUACGCCAAUCACGCCAGAGCUGCCAUCUGGCUUGCCCUUCAUUAUCGACCGCGAUCGAUCGAAAUCGUUAUCUUUUGCUAAUCAUUUCCGAUCUGAUAAAAUUUCUUUGUAAUAAACUAGAUUUUAAAAUAAUAUUGUUUCUGAAAAAAUUUAAAAUAAAAAAAUGCAUGUUUUUUUUUGCAAUUUUGUAUUAUUAUCAAGAUUGGAAAUUUAUGAAAAAUCCAAAUAUCAUAAGUUACCAUCCGAAGAUCUCAAUAAAUAAUUUGAGAUAAAAAUAAUUUGAAAUAAAAAAAAAAUAUAUAAAAUUAUAAUAAUUUAAUCAUAUUUAAUAUUAUAUUAGUAGAAUUUUAUAAUAGAAAUACAGAAUGCUUUGUUUAAAUAAAAAUUAUAGAAAUGAAAUUGAAAUUAUAAAAAGAAAAAAGUUUUAUUUAAAUAUUUAAAGAUUAAAAAAUAUAAGUAUAAAUAUUAAUUAAAUAUUAGUAUAAAUAUUAAUUUUUUUAUAAAUAGAUAUAUAAAGAUCAUAUAUGAAUGUGCAUAUAUUUUUUUAAAUGGAAUCAUAUAAUUUUUUUUAUUAAUUAAUGUAAUUUAUUUUUUUACAAGAAGGUAAUGGAUCGAUAAUAAUUUAGAAAACGACAAUGGAUAUCAAAAUAUUAAUGAAUAAUGGUUGUAUUUUUUAUUUAAAAAAAAAUUAUUUAAAAAUUUAUUAUUGUAUUUGGCAACUAUCAGAUUUUUUAAUAAUUCAUUUAAAGAAUUGCCAUUAGAAAAAAUUUAUACAUUUGUGAUUAUUAUAAAAUUUCUUAAUUAAAAUAAUUCUAUUUCAAACAGUUUUUUAAAAUUACUUGUAAUUUAAAUAAUAAUUGCAUCUAAAAAUGAAAUAUUCUGUAUAUUUUUUACAUGUUAAAUCUAUCUACGUAAAAAUUAAUCAUAUAAUAUAUAAACAAUAUUUAUAAACAAUAAACAAUUUUUAUAAAAACAUUUUUCUUAUAAUAUAUAUUAAUUAGAAUUUUUUGUGAGAUAUGUAUGUCACGUUUAAUUAAUAAUAAAGAAUUUUAAAACUUUA